AUGACCCCAGACCAAGAGGAACGGGCGAACGCCUCGAGAGCGUUGAGGCUUGCCGGGUGGGGGUCGAUAUUUUACCUGAUCACGACGGACAUACUGGGCCCGUUCAAUGCGCCGUAUGCUAUUUCGCAGGUGGGGUGGGUGCCCGGUGUCCUACUCUAUUUCGUCAUGGGCGGGAUGGCGCUCUACACCGGCCUCAUCCUAUGGCGCCUCUUCAUCCGUCUUGACUCUGUGUGGUAUCCCUUGAAGACGUACGCGGACAUCGCGGAGAGGAUCUUUGGCCGGUGGGCAAAGCGCGUGAUUGACGUGCUGCAGGGCAUUCAACUGUUGGUUAACGUUGCGACGAUUUGUUUGGCCAAUGGGCAGGCGUGGUCGCAGAUCACGAGAGGGAGGUUAUGCUUUUCGGUCUGCAUCGUCAUCUGGGUCAUCGUGGGCUUCGUCAUAGGUCAAAUCCGGACACUCAAGAACUACGGCUGGCUCGCUCAUGGUGCAGUCUGGGUCAACCUGGUUAUUAUAUUCACGUCUAUAGGGUUUAUGGCGAACAGUCCGCCCAACUUUUCCGCUGCCGCACAGUCGCUCGGCGUUCCUGCAGGCCCAGUCCAGACGCAACUCUUUGCCACGCUUCCGCUGUUCAAGAAGGUCAACGGAGUUAUGAACAUGGUCUACGCCUACGGCGGAACUCUGAUCUUCCCGGCGAUGAUGGCUGAGAUGAAGCACCCAAUGGACUUCUGGAAAGGCAUGACGCUCGCGCAGCUGGUUAUUUUCGUGGCGUACUUGAUGUACGGUGCCUUUGUUUAUGCCUUCCAAGGACAAUUCACACUGCCGCUUGCUUACCAGGGUGUGAGCAGGUUCGUGUGGCAGACAGUUGGAAACGCGCUUUCUCUGAUAACGGGAAUCACUGCAGCUGAGCUGUAUGGGAACAUCGGAAUCAGCACAUCCUUCUCCCCAACCUUAUAA